AUGAUGCUGCUGCAUGACUUGCCCCACUACUAUAGAGAAAUUGAGGGAACCAAAAUCCUAUCAAGAGCCUUUGAGUCCAAUGAGGUACUAACUCAGCUUCAAAUUCCUUCUUGUCCAACUGUCUCACAAGACAGAUAUAAAGAGUUCAGGGAAUCCUUUCACUGCUGCAAGCUUCCCUGGGGAGCAGAAAGGGAGCAUGGAGGAAUUGCACAACCUGUAUUGCCAGAAGACUACAGGGCAAAGGACAAGUCUCCACGUACAUUUGUUAAAGGACAUCAACAUUAUGGUAGUGGUGUAGACCCUUGGUCAAGAGGCUUUCCCACUGAGCAGUACUGUGAUGUCACCCAGCUGAAAAAAAGUGAUAUGUGUAUAAAUUAUGAACUGCUUUGUAAAUCACCAGAGAGUUUGGCUAAACCACUAUGCCUGCCAUUUCACACCUCUCAUCUCUACCAGACACACAUCUUUAGGUACGUCAUGUUCCCAAACUUCAGAUCACCUGAGGAUCGAGACGCUGGGAUCAAUGCAAGCAGUCAUCAGCCUUUCCAUCCCAAUAUCCCUACCAAGGCUUUUGAUGUGGUUCUGAGGAAGACCAGAGGUAAUCCAUAUAGGCAUGAAGUUGCCAGUGCUCCAACCCUGGAAGAAGGCUGUGCACUGUCGGGGCAGCACACAUACUUCCACUUUCCUAAGUUUGCUGAAGAAAAGGGUCAAAUAUACUAUCCAAAUCCACCAAAGACAGUCGCCCCCAACUCCACUUUUAAAGAGCUAGAACAUAACCUCUCUCCAAGAACAACCAAUAUGCUACAAAACACUGAAAGGGCUCUGGGGAUCACAACAUACAGUCGGGACUUCACAGAUAAAGGUCCUAUGAAUUCCCUUAUCCUGGAUAACUAUUACAUAAAAGCAGCUGGCAGAUUAACUGGAGAAUUAGGUGAAGACAUGGAACUAAAAAAAACAUUUCUGCCUAGUCUCUCACAAGUGAGACCUCUUGAAGGGUGCACUGCAUGUUUACUUCAAGGUCAACGUCCCCAUGAAUCAAUUCUGCAAGAACAGUACUCCUGCCAACAGCAGGCCACUCUGUCUCAGACAUGCUACCAGAAAGUUCAUUAUCUGGGUACAAGGCCGCCAAUAAACAAACUUCAGGAAAUCACUGACACACUGCAAACAGAAGCAUUGUACAGGGGGCAGCUUUCAGGCAGGCCUGAACUUGAAUCCCUUACAAAAUCUGCACGUUCCCUUUCCUACAAAGACUUCAAGCCCAGACAUUUGGAUCAACAUACAAUAUGGGAAAACCCAGUUAGUCCGAGUAAGCCAGGCUUACCACCGGAUGUAAAGAGUGAGGAAAGUAGAAUUUUGUUGCACAAGCUUUGGCAUCAAGAAGCAUGUCAACCUGCAUGGAGGCCAAGAGAGACAGCACUGCCUGGAUGGAUCCCUAGCUGUGAGGUUCCCUGGCACCAGACAGCACUGCUGGAACUGCAGUAUUCCUUCUCUAAGACAGCAGCACAAAAACGUUUUCAUGAUUCCACAACAGGGACAAAAGACCUCAGAGAUAACAUUACUGAGGGAAAGAGACACAAAUUCUAUAGUUUCAAUGCUUUUUAUUUCUUUAACUGA